GCGGAACGAAGCUUUGAAAGUCGUAGACCAACUUACAGUAAUUUUACAUCAAAAGAAAUGGCGCCCAGAACUGUAUUAAUAACUGGAUGCUCAUCUGGAAUUGGUUUAGCUACGGCGGUACUCUUAGCAAAGGAGUCGCAGCAUGAGUUUAAGGUGUACGCAACGAUGCGAAACCUGAAGUCCAAAGCCAACUUGGAGAAUGCUGCAGGGGACACUCUGAAUAAGACUCUAUAUAUCCGGGAACUUGACGUCACCAAAGAGACAACCAUCACGACAGUGGUUGACGAGAUUUUGCGAGACAAUGGGUCUAUGGACAUCCUUGUUAAUAAUGCUGGCUGCUACACUAUAGAUAUGAUUGACAGAAAGUCGUUGGACAUUUGCCAGUCUGUGAUGGAUGUCAACUACUGGGGAGUGGUUCGAACUGUAAGAGCUGUGCUGCCAGCGAUGAAGAAACAGAAGUCGGGUCGCAUUCUCAAUGUAACUAGCCUUGCUGGAUUCCAAGGUUUUCCUUUCUUUGCCACCUAUACAUCUUCAAAGUUUGCCGUUGAGGGCUUCUCCGAAUCCAUUGCUUCAGUAUUGCGUGACGCAUACAACAUCAGAGUUUCCAUCGUGGAGCCAGGACCAGUGGCGACACCGCUUGCAGUGAUACAGGCUAAUGACAAGCCAACUUUCGAUGGCUCCGAAGCCGACAUGGAGAAAGUUUUUUUCAUUCGCCGCAAGUACCUGAAGAGUAUGUCUCACGUCUUACAGACGUCUGAGGAAAUAGCACAGUUGCAUCGAGAGAUAAUACUUAGCGAAAAUCCGCAUAUGCGGUACCAGAGUAGUGAGUACGUGAAGGAAAUCGCCGCAGCCAAGUUCAAGGAUACAAGUACAGAUGAUGUCCUCAAUGAAUUGAAGCGGGGUAUAAUAGAUCCAAAGCAAUAAAAUAGGUCAGAUUCAGACUUUAUUUUUAUCUAAAAUAAUGCUUAGUACAUAAAGUGUUUUGCCACCGAAGGAAGAACAAGUUGGGCCUACUACGUACUAGGGGAAAACAAUUAAAGGCACCUGGAAAUAUAAUUUUUGUUUUGUAACAUUAGAGUAUAUAUUCCUGAACAAUAAAAUAAUUU